AUGCCAUUCCACCAUGUGACUGCUGGCUUAUUGUACAAAGGGAAUAAUUACUUGAACCGAUCGCUUUCCACUGGCAGUGACAGUGAGCAGCUAGCAAACAUCUCGGUGGAAGAACUAGAUGAAAUCCGUGAGGCCUUUCGAGUCUUAGAUCGUGAUGGAAAUGGAUUUAUUUCUAAGCAAGAGCUGGGUAUGGCUAUGCGAUCAUUGGGUUACAUGCCCAGUGAGGUUGAGUUAGCCAUCAUCAUGCAACGUCUAGAUAUGGAUGGAGAUGGUCAGGUUGACUUUGAUGAAUUUAUGACAAUUCUUGGUCCUAAACUGGUGUCUACAGAAGGUCGAGAUGGAUUUCUUGGAAACACAAUAGACAGUAUAUUUUGGCAGUUUGAUAUGCAAAGGAUAACACUGGAGGAGCUUAAGCACAUUCUGUACCAUGCAUUUCGGGAUCACUUAACAAUGAAAGACAUUGAAAACAUAAUCAUCACAGAAGAGGAAAGUUUAAAUGAAAAUGCUGGCAAUUGCCACACAGAAUUUGAAGGAGUACAUUCUCAGAAAAACAACAGACAGACCUGUGUACGGAAGAGCCUUAUAUGUGCAUUUGCGAUGGCCUUUAUAAUAAGCGUCAUGUUGAUUGCAGCCAAUCAGAUUCUACGGAGUGGCAUGGAGUAGACCUUUCACCCCAACACUGUGAACAUGAAUAAUCAUGCAUGCGCAUGCCUCGGAGAACAGUUGUUCUCAAAGAAUAUUUAAUGGGAAUUAGCUGUGAGAAGAUUUGUUCUGCAAGCAAUACAAGGCCAGCAAAGUGACUUGCAGAACAAUUAAACCUUCUUGGCAGGGACACAAAAGGGCUGUCUUAAUGCUUUAAUGGUUUUGUUUCCUAAUGCAAUAAAAACACAGGAGUU